AUGACGUCUGACAUCAGUCAGGAGGAGUUGGACUUUGCAGAUCUGUUUCUUUAUAACCCGCCAGAGGAUGACUUAUCUGAUACUUUCAUCCAAGAAAAUGGCGAGCGCCCCCCACUACUCGGGGUCAACACAACUAUCGUUAAGGAUAGUCCUGCUAAAGAAAGCUCAUCAUCUGAGAUGGUGUUUUACUCCAUGGGCUUGGCCACAACAACUGGGAUCAUCCCAGCUCCUAGCCCCAGGAUUGAGAUCACUCCAUCAGGGGAUUCCCUCAGCUCUCAGGCCCUGGGGCAGAGCCUUGGCUCCAAAGUCCUCGGGGCCUACCGGGAAACUGCAAGCCCUGCCAGUAGCAACUCCUCCACCGGUUGGGUAGCAGAAGGAUGCUCUCCAUCAGCCUCGCCAAGCAUUUCUCCCCACAAUAAAGGCACACGUGCCACAGAGUUGUCCACCCUAGACCUCUGUCCUUACAUCCAGGGCAUCCACACUUCUUCUACCCACUCCUUACCAGGAGCCUCUGGAGGUAACAGCUUUACCGAUGAGCCCUUCCUCCUGCCUCAGCACCAAGGCACCCGCUCACCACAGGUCCAGCGCCGCUCCCGCUCUGUCUCACCACAGGGCAAGCGCACUUAUGACCAGAUAUUCACCUGUCAGGGUGCCACUCCAGUCAAACAACGCUCCCGAAGUCCCAGUCCUAUACCCUUGCCUUACGAACUGCUGGGUUCCUACCAUCCCCCUCAAAGGCAGGUUCAAGGCGUGUUUCAGACCCAAACGCAGAUCUCUAGAAAAGGUCUGGAAGAAGUGGUGAAUAAUGCCCAUGGGGCAAACCUCAGGUUAGAUUGUGUGUAUAGGGACGAGUGUGAGAGGGGAGGAGCAGUGGUCACGUCUGGAAACUUCUGUGUAGUCCCAACUUCAUGGUCUUCUCAACCAGUCCCCCUUGGAUCAUUUAGAGGCCUUUCCUUAGUCCCACUCCCCUCUCUAGAGUGGGCAUUGCCCAGUAAGUCCAGUCAGUACGAGCUGGUGAUCCAGCACCAGCCGAGAUCUCACCACAGAGCCCACUACGAGACCGAGGGCAGCCGCGGACCUGUCAAGACACCCAGUGGUGGACACCCAGAAGUUCAGCUCCACGGUUAUCAAGGGACAGCUCUGCUGGGGCUGCAUGUCUUCAUCGGGACAGCCGACGAGAGGCUGCUGAAACCCCACGCCUUCUACCAGGUCCACCGCAUCACUGGCAAGACCGUGACCACACCCAGCACGGAAAGGAUGGUCAAUGGGACCAAAGUGUUGGAAAUCCCACUCCAACCAAAUAACAAUAUGAGAGCGGUGAUUGACUGCGUUGGGAUCUUGAAGCUGAGGAAUGUAGACAUUGAGCUGAGGAAUGGCGAGACGAACAUGGGACGCAAGAACACCCGGGUUCGCUUGGUGUUUCGUGUCCAUUUACCGCAACCCGGAGGCCAGUUGGUGUCUCUUCAGGUGGCCUCACUGCCCAUUGAAUGCUCUCAGCAUUCUGCUCAGGAGAUCCCUAUAGUCAAUAAGCAGAACAUGGACAGAUGCUCCGUACUCGGUGGACAAAUAAUGUUCUUGACUGGGCAGAACUUUACCUGCGACUCCAGGGUGAUGUUCUCAGAGAAGACACGAGAUGGCCUGCAAAUCUGGGAAGUGGAGGCAACUGUGAACCGAGAAAAUUCCCAUGCUAAAGUACUAGUGGUUGAGGUUCCUCCGUAUCGAGACCGUACCAUUUGCCACGCAGCCAAAGUCAACUUCUAUGUCAUCAAUGGGAGAAAGAAGCGCAGUGAGCCCCAGCACUUCAUCUAUACCCCCAUGAUAAGUGCCAUUAAAGUAGAGCCACUGGAUGAGAGGCAGAUGAAUCCGUGUGCUUACUCAGACAUCCAACCUCUGUCUGGCAUGUCAGUGAAGUCGCUCUUUCAUUGGCCGGAGCACCAGAGCGAACUUCAAGCCAUCGGUGUUUCUCCAACACGCUUCUUAAACAAAGACGAGGAUCAACAGGAUUUCCAGCCCUUAUUCUACCAGUCAAGAGCUGGUAAUCUAAUCAACACCACAGAGCUUCUCUACCACCCUAGCAGCCAACUUUACUACAACAACUGUGCUGCUGUACUCCAUGGUGGCUUGCUUACAGCGUCAAACCCUGCCAACAUCCAUGCCUUAGUAGUCCCGCUCCAUCAGGGCGUCGCUGUUAAAAAACCUCAAGACAAACUAUGUAAAGGUCCUGAGGUCAACCACGCAUUCAAGGCAUAUUCAUCGACAAGGCAUCAAAGUACCGUGCAAGUAGUGCAGUCCCUGGGAAAGUCACCACCUUCGAGAUUGUUCCAAAGUGACAUUUGUGAGAAGGCUCCGAUCCAGACGGGCAAGGUCGGACCCAACCGAGAGGCUCUGACUCCGGAGCGACUCGCCAUCAAACAGGAGGACCUCAGCUGUGUCUACCUGGAAGACGUGAAUGACAUCAUACGAAGAGACCUGAGAGAUCAUCACAGUGAUGCUGAAGGCCCGCAUCGUCCUGCACUCUGAGGAUCUACCUGAACAUCACAUGCAGAUCCAAUUGAUCACUUAGAUCAGGGGUCCCAAAACUUUUUGACUCGGGG